UUACAGAGCUAAAAGUUUUUAUAUUUGCUUUUACAGAUAAAGUAUUCAUGAAUGAAAAGAAGGCUCAAAACGUCAUGAUUUUGAUGAGAGGGAGGUUUCUUCAGACUGUAAGAAGUGUAUCAUCAGCGCUUGUUUCACUCCAAGAACAUAAUUACGUUACGGUGGAAGAUAUACGCACUCUUCAAAAAUAUCAACCUGAUGCUGAUGAAAUUGAAAUGUAUCAGAGACUACGGACUGAAGGCAUUGAGCUGAAACCUGUUGAUGAUUGCAUGUUAAAAUUGUCCCUGAUACCUUGUUUUAGAGAUCGUCUUGAAUUGAUUCACACCAUAUGGAGCUUCACUGAAGAGAAUACAGAAUUUGUUAUGUCAGUUAACAUUGUAUCAAAGAUGUGUGAAGAGAUAUUGCACUCUGAACGAUUAGUAAAAGUUUUAGCCUAUGUCUUGGCUAUUUUCAAUUAUCUAAAUUCUUCUGGAAAUAGAAAAUUUCAUGCACUGCCUGGUUUUGAUCUGAAUUACCUCAGUAAUCUGGAUUCAAUACGGGGAAUAAGUAAUUAUACAGUUCUUAAAGUUCUCAAGUGUCAUUUAGAAGAUGAUAAUGACAAUACUUUGCAAGAGUUUCCUGAAGAUCUGAAAUCUUUGCUUCAAUGUGAACCCUUCUCAAUCAAAUCAUUGGCUGUCAGUUUGGAAGUCUGGAAACAAACAAUGGCAAAUAUAAAAAAUUUGCUCGCAUCGAUUGAAAAGAGAAUGAAAAGAUAUUCAGAAACAGAUGCCAAAUUCUUUGCAGAUGUCAAGGUAAACUGACAUGAAUUGUGUUUU